AUGGUCGUCGAUCGCCUCUUGUCCACGCUGCUGCGCUCGCUGCAGACAUACACAGAUCAACAGGACACGCCGCGGCUACUGGGAACCGCGUCCUCGCUCCUCACCACGCUCGGUAAUCCUCACAACCUCAGUCUUCUGACUUCACAUCUCCUCACUGCGCCGGCAUUAUGGGACCGCCCCGAUGGUGUCCGAACGCCCCUCCGCAUGCUGUCCGUCUUUCACGCGGCCGUCACGACCAUCGUCAACCACCACAACGAUGUGCGACAUAACAAAGCAGCCAAACUCGCGCCAGGGCAGACGCCAAUAGGAGGAGGCUUGUCGCUGGACGAAUGGGUACGCGCCGUCGUCGCAGGAGCCGACGACCGGAGCCGACGAUGGAAGCACUUGGUCGUUCUUACGGGCCUGUUGAUAGGUAUAGGGAGCCUGGAAGAGCAGGGAAUGGACCUCUAUUGGGCAUCUGCCAUGCGAAAGAGAGUGGAAGCGGCAUUGGUCCGCGCGACAAACCUCGCUUUGGUCGAAGUCAGAGAACGCUCCGAGGCAGAUGGAUUAGGAGGCCAGACAAUAACACUGACCCUCAACCACGCCUUCGGAUGCAUCGGCCAUGUAGAAAGGACACAGAUUGAUUACGAUCUGCUACUUCCGGUGCUUAUCGGGACGGCAUUCUACUCCAACGAAGGCUUCCAAUCCGCCUAUUUCCUCGGGGGCUUGGACCUCGACGUGCGCACAACUCAGUCAGGGAAGCUAGACUGGAGUCCGCAUUCGAGUUCCUACAGACAGGUCGAAGUCAUCAUGAAUAGGCCACUGGUAUCGUCUAUGGGCCCCCUUUCACGCCUCAUCGCACACUCUGUCGAGAAUGUCAAGAAUCCAUGGAUCAUCCAGACGAUGAUGGACGACCUCGCUAGCUUUUCUCGCGCUCUUACCACGCAAUGGCGGCAGACCAAGUUGUCGGAUAUCGAGCCCUCCGAAGAGGCAGCCAAUCUGGAACAAGAGGCGCUUCACAAGACGACUCCGCAACUGUGGAAUUUGCUCAAGGCGGCUCUGUUUGCUACUACCAUCAUACUGCGAGGCGUCUUCACACGAACAUUAGCUGAUAAAGCACUGGCUGGUGAUGCCAUCGCCCCUAUGCUAGCUUCGCAGGCCUUGCAAACCUUACGGCAUCUCUACUUCAUCACGUCCCGGCUCGGCCCUGCAUCCUUCUCCCAACAUACCUUUGUCUACCUUACAGCGAUAGACAUCCUUUCUGCGUAUCCCAGUCACGCCGACAAGCUUCUCAAAACUAUCGCGCCUCAACAUCUUGGGCAGAUACCAAGCCACCCUCUUGACCGUAUACUGGACCUCUACUUUCUCAAUACAGCAGAACACUUCACUCUCGUACUGUCGCCAGCCACAAACGAGGACUUGCUGGUCGCGUCAGCUGUGCCAUACCUCGCAGCUGGCGAGAAUCGUCAUAUGUUGCCAGUAUUCGAAGCCGCUCACAGCGUCAUGCUCGCUGUCUUGUCUGCUCCACAAUCUGCGGAGAUCACCGCGAAGCACCUCCCUUUCUAUAUCGAUGCGCUGUUCAGUGUCUUUCCACAUAACUUGUCACCACGUCAGUUCCGCCUAGCUUUCAAAACCUUGAUGCGUGUCACAGCUCCUCCCUCUACUCUGUCCGCAACCCACCCAGAUCUUCCAGCUACUUUACUGGAACUAGUCUUUCACCGUGCGCUCAACGCUCCUACUCAGCCACUGCCGCCUGAUUCUGUUGCAUUGGCCCUGCAAGGCUCGGACGCACCACCCCCUGCCCUCUCGGAACAGGCAGUGCUCGCGUUAACCCUUAUCGAUGCCUUGCCCUUUCUCCCUAUAUAUCUGCUUGAAGAGUGGCUGCCUCUAUGCGCAGAACUCCUCAACCAAAUCAACGACGAUGAGAUGCGAGAAAACGUCAAAGCGCGGUACUGGGAAGUGCUAAUCAGUGGCGAGAUGGAUGCAGAGCGUAGCGGCGUUGCUGUGAAUUGGUGGACAACGAGAGGUGGCAGAGAGCGAGUACUCUAUGGAAGAGAAGAGGACUACAACAUGAUGAGUGGAGCGCUACCUGUUGAAGAACGACAUGUGCGGGAGAGUAAGCUGUAG